AAACGCUAAUGCCGUAAUGGUCGAAAUGUCGAAGGAGUUGGAGAAGUAAGAGCUAUGGCCGACCAAGAAAGGUCCUCAGCUGCAUCACUAGGCGAUGGAGACAUAGUGGUUGAUGAAGAAGCCGCCGCCGCAAUGGAUGAGCCUGCAGAGAAAGACCCAGGCCAGCCCAGUCAAGAUGGAGAUGAGCCGGUAAAAUGUGAAAAUGAAUCAGCUGGAAAUCAGGAGCUGGAAGAAGAGGAGAGAGAACCUGCAAUUGACACCGCACCUGAUGAUGAGGAGCAUGCUGAUGACGAUGCGUCUGAAGCGCCUGAUGCGUGCACAAAGGAGACGGUCAAUCCAGAUGACCCUAACAAGGACGCCGGUGACCGUGUGAGCGAGGACGACGAAACAGAAGCUAAGGAAGAUGAGCAUGUUGAUACGAGUUCAACAGAGGAACCUGGACGACACGAUGAUCAGGGUGAUGAGUACGAUGGACCGCACGACCAACACACCGGUGAAGGUGGUAAAUUGUCCUGCAAUUCUUCACCUGAUGGGUCUACAGAAUCUCCUGAACCAGGGUUGGCACAGGCGUUUGAUGAGGACACGGUACCCGCCUUGGCUCUGGAUAGAUAUGACGAAUCCCUUUCGCCCAGUGAUGCUGCAAACCCGCCAUCUUCCAAUACUGCAGCUGAGCAUGUAGCUAUGGGAGCAGGUGGCAGUUUGGCGUCAUCGCUUCAAGACGAUUCUGAUGAGCACCACAGUGAUGCGUCGGACGAUAGUGCAUCUGGUGUUGGAGCUACGCGUGCACCCAUGCAUAGUCGUACUGCUGCUGAUAGUGCAUCAUCAAUGUACACUGAUGGUGGUGGUGAUGAGCAUCGUGCGGGCAGCAGUGCAACACAUCACCUAGACACCGGCGCCGAGCAAGAACCAAUCUACACAAGACCACUGGAGGAGAGCUGGGUCCAGGGCUAUAACAUUGAUAUACCGAUUCAAUGUCUGACAUCAUCCUCUGGAAAGAUGGAGUUGGUGUAUGCUGCAGGCCACAUUGUGGUCAUUCAUGACUAUGAAGAGAAGAAGCAACGGUUGCUGUUUGCUCAUCGUAACAACAUCACAAGUGUAGCAGUUAGCCCCUGUGAACGCUGGAUUGCUACAGCUGAUUGUGGAGAUCGGGAACCGGCUGUGCACAUAUGGGACCAAGAACAUGCGGCGCCCAUCCAGAGCAUAUUUUUCCAGCCAGGAACAGGAGCUAAGGUCAUGGCAUGGUCUGAUAACUCGGCAUAUCUAGCCAUGAUCCGCAAGACCGACGAGAACAAAAUUCUACAGGUUUAUGAUUGGAGUGAUACGGACAAGACAAUGCCUGAAGUGCACAUGAACUUGAACACAAUUCUAGAAGAUCCUGUGUCUGUGGUGUUCUACCCGGGAGUGAUGACUGAUUUCAUCGUGUGGUCUGCAGAAGCUAUUCUACUAUGCUCUAUGGACAAAGAUACCAAGAAGGUCAGAACACGACUUCCAAGGAUUAAUGUCAAGAGGUUCAAUCGUGCACUGGGCAAGAUGACAGGUUGCAAGUUUAGCAAUGACGGACAGCAGCUGGUGUGUAGCACUACAGAGGGAAACCUUCUCGUCUUGGAUGUCAAGCAGGUACACCCUCCUGAGCCACACUUGAAGGAAUCCUUCAUCGACCCCACUGAGCAAACUGAUCCCAACGCAUCUCCUGUGCUGAGGUUGGAAGUUGAGAAGUUAGUUCAUGUAUGUGACAUACCUCUCAACUUUGUGACCUGUGUUGGACAGUUUUUUGUCACUGGUGAUGAGGAAGGCGCUAUCCGUUUCUAUGGCAAUGAUUUAAAGCUGAGAUACUGGUACGACCAGCUACAGAAGGGACCCAUUGUUUCAAUGGUCUUCUCAUCACAAGACAUCCUUGCCCAUGGACAAGCCUUUCCAGCUGAUGCAUCUAAGAUGGCGCGACGCUUUGCUGUACCUGAGUUCUUUGUUGCAACAAGGCAAACUGUAGUUGCGAAGUGUACUCCGCUCGGCAGAGGAAAGUUUGAGGUGUUACUACGUGAACACUCUGACGAGACCCACUGUGUUGCUGCUCAUCCGUUCCUGCAUCGCAUUGUGACAGGCAGCUUUGAAGGAUAUCUGAGACUGUGGGACUACAAGAGAAGAUUACCCUUGAUUGACAAGUCCUUGGGAGAAAACUUCAGAAUUCAUACCCUGGCAAUUGAUGCAACAGGAGAGUAUCUUGGUGUGGGUACAAUGGAUGGUCAAGUUCAGGUCUUUGCAGCCUUGGAUCUCACACCACAAUCACCUGUCUUCACAAUGUCCCAAGGAGCUGCUAUCUGCCAUCUUGCCUUCUCACACGAUGGACAAUACCUCGCCACAUCGGAUCAAUCCCGCUGUGUCACCGUGUACCACCGUCCAAUGGAGACAAACGUUGCAGACUUCACGGAUUCUCUAGACGCUAGUCCGCCAUCGACGCCAUCAGCAGCAGCACUGUCUGAAGGCAGUCGAGGCAGUUAUAGAACAGAUUCGAGAAAGGAUAGCGAACGGCCAAGUUGGAAUUAUCUUGGAAAGUACAGAUCUCACAGCAAGAGCAUACAAGGCAUUCUGUUUGGUGUGAAUGAAGAGGAUGGUGAGCCGCGACUUUUCUCUGUUGGAAAUGACAGAAUGCUGGUGGAGUAUGACUUGGCUGCAAGUGUGGAAGAUGAUCUCAAGAUCCGAACUCGUGAUCGGAUUGAGCAAGAGGCUAUUCCAACCUGUCUUGCAUGGUAUCCAUACUUCUCUGAUCAGCUAUUCAUGAUGACAGCAAACAAUGAGUACAAGAUCAAACUCUACAGUCUUGGCACGAAGAUGACCAGAUCUACCUUCCAAGCCAAGAGCAGCCGUCAACCAAUAGACAAGAUGAUGCUGCUACCACUUACAGAUCAUGAGACAUUCUCUGAGGAAGGUCGACAAGAGCGUGCCUACAUGCUCUAUGCAGCACAUGAUGAGCUUGGUCUAGUGCAAUGCCCCAUUGAUGGAAACCCGUUCAAGUAUGCUCCGUGCAUUGGCCAUCCGGGAGGGAUCAAGUCAAUGGCAGCUAGUUAUGAUGGCGAGUAUAUCUUCACAGCCGGUGGAGAAGAUGCAAGCAUUGUCAUGUACAAGGUCAACAGACAGGUGAUUGACAAGAUUGUCGAAGCCGGUGGUGAGGGCAUAACACCAUUCUACCACUGCCUGCCUGGCCAGUCUCGAGACACUGCAUGGUUUGAGCGACUAUCAGACUACUUCUAUUUGACGCAGAUCAAAGUACAAAGACUAGAUACUCAAGAGACGUUGAAGAUUGGAAGGAAUAUUCCAAGUUCCGAGGUGCCAGGUAUUCUGAGAGCAAUGGGCUUCUACCCCACCGAGUAUCAGAUUGCCAAUAUGCUGAAUGAGAUCAAGUACAAAUUCUAUAAUAAGACUUGCCUCGUCUACAAGGACACUGUAGACAUGGAAGAUUUGAUUAAAUUGUACAUUAACCACUUGCCGGUUGUGGGCAACUCCUUUGAACGGUUGAAGGUUGCGUUCAAGAGAAUCGGCAAGAAGAUUGCAUCUGAAAAUGCCUCAACAGCCGAUAGUGACGAUCCGAGCGACGUUCGUCAUGGCGGCGUUGACGGGAAUGAAUCGGAAAGUGACUCGACUCUGAACACGCUGUCUUUGCUGAAAGUCCUGAAAGAGAAUGGUGAGCAUCUAAGUGAAGCAGAGCAAGCUGAGCUCAUGUGCUAUCUGUUCUGUCAUCCUGAAGAAUACCUACAUCUGCCGGAUGACUAUAAGCCUGGAGAUGCAUUCCAUACGUCAAUGAAGCCAGAAGGAGUGCGGCUGGAUGUUGCUGAUGUCGUUCAGCGCAUUCCAGAGCAGGUCACGGCGGGCACGUUUGCGCACGAUUUCCUCGGCAUGGCACAGACGGGCGCAAUGAAUGUGUGAGGUGCGUGUGUGUGUGAUCUCUGCAUGCUACAGGCAAAGGCAAUGAAGGUGUGAGGUGCGUGUGUGUGAUUUCAGCAUGCCACAGACAGAGGCAAAAGAAGGUGGUGCGGAUGUGGUGUGAUGCUGCUGCCUGCGCAUUCACUAUGUCACCAGCAUGAGCAUCCACCAUGUACCACACACUCACACUCACUCACACACACCUAACAUCAUUCUACUAUGUACAUAGUCAUAUACACGCAGGCUCGGAAUCAAUGCAUUUGCUGGAGUUUGAUUCAGAUUUUCAUCUGGUAAGCCUGCCAGGUUUUCAUUAGAAAGUGUGCCUCGAGUUACCGUGCAACCUAUUGCACUCUUCAUCCGCACGGGCACCACCAGUUGAUUGAGGGUUUGUUGGGAAUCUCCCUUGUCCUAGGCUACCAUCCUAUCUUGUUAUCUACACUGCUGCUUUGCUUGUAUCAAGUUCUUAAAUAAUGUACAUGAUGCUUACCAUGGUUACCAUAGUGAUCAUGGCACCCACUUAGGCAGCGACUAGACACACUGCCACUGCCUGGGUUGUUGCUUCAUAAAUGUAUAACUUGAGAAGUGCUUCUAGCGUGUUGACAGAAGACUGAGUCGGCUAGACUCUGUGAUCAGCAGGCUCAUGACCGUAAUGGCAUAAUGCACAUACUAAAAAAAACAUAGAAACACUGUCACCUGCUUCAGGCGUAGUCGGUGCCAUAUUAUUCUCGCUGUGGCGUAAUGUGCUCACUCAGCCAUGAACUAUGAUGUAAUGCGCUUACACGGCUCUCCGUUUUGCAUUGAAUAUUCAUGCUACGUUUUCCAUUGCCUGUCUAUGUUCCCUCCCUCCUGUUGUUCUUACACCCAAUUAGAGUAUUGUGACGUACUUGCCACAUGUGCGUUGAGGACUUAGUAUGACCAUUUAAUAUUAAAUUUUAGUAUUUACCCCAUCUUUCAAAGUGUUCCCACACCAA